CACAACUUCACAAGCCAUUCUAGAAUCACUGAAAUACAAUAUUUUUUUAAAAACUCUCCGUAAUUCCGCGAAAGCAGUGAGGAUAUUUACGUAAUUCACACCUAAAGUAGGGGUGGUGGAGAGAGAUGAUAAGAGUUGUAAACGCAUCUCUAUGAGGCCCAUAUUCCUUUCCCAUUUCCUCUCUCUCCCUCUCUUUCUAAAUAAUCUCCUUUCUCUCUUUCUUCUCAAUACAAUUCUUGAGCACGCCAGAGAAAAAUUAAUCAUCAACAAACAAAGAUGGCGCAGAGAACAGAGAAGGAAGAGACGGAGUUCAAAGUCCUCGAAACCUUAACAACCACCACCCCAACCCUCUGCUCCAACAACUGCGGCGUCACCGCGAAUCCCUCAACCAACAACAACAACAUGUGUCAGAAAUGUUUCAACGCCUCCCUCGCCUCCUCCGCCUCCUCCUCCGUAGAUUCCAAUCCAAUCCUUAAAAAAUCAUCCAGAUCCGUUAAUCUCCGGUCAACACCAGCCAAAGUCGUGAUCCGUCCCAGAGAGAUCGAUCCGGUUAAGAGAGAUCAUCAUCAUCAUCAUCAUCAACAGACGAUAAACCGAUGUUCCGGUUGUCGUAAGAAAGUCGGUUUGACCGGGUUCAGGUGCCGAUGCGGUGACCUUUUCUGCGCCGAGCAUCGGUACUCAGAUCGCCAUGAUUGUAGCUAUGAUUAUAAAACCGCUGGGCGCGAGGCGAUUGCGAGGGAGAAUCCGGUUGUUAAGGCGGCGAAGAUGGUGAAGUUGAGUUGAGAUUCGGAUCGGAGAAGGAAUCUUUUUAAUCAAAGCUCCGAUCAAGAUCGGAGAUGAGAGAGAUGGUCGGAGACAUCGGAUUGAUGCAAAACGAAGAUGAGAGAGUGAUUAAAAAUCUGAAAACCUCGAUUUAUUUUUAUUUAUUUUGAAUUAUAUAAUUAGUGGAUGAAUGAUUAUUAUUGUUGGUUGUUGUUGUUGUUGUCUUUGCUUCGGAUUUGAUCUUUCUCGAUCGUCAAGACAAAGUUGUCUGUCGAGUGGCAUGUGUAUGUAGAUUCGUUAGAAAUGAAAGGGUGGUUUGGUCAUUUAGGCGACGUGUCUCUCUUAUCACGGUGUUAUUAUUAUACUAGGCAUUGUGCGUCACAACUCAUCUCACCAGUCACCACCCAAUUUCUCUCGACAAGUUUUUUUUUUGCUUGGCGUAUAGAAAAAGCGGCCAGUAACGUGUCCUAGUCGUGUUUUGAUUAUAUAUUAAGCUCGAUGAUUUUCCUCUUUCAGAAGAAAGUUUCGAUGAUUUUAUAAUAUUGUAUUACACUAUUACUGUAUAUUUUUUUUUUUUGUUAGAGACUUUGUUCGAAGCGUCCAAAUCAUCUUGCAACUUUAUAAUGGCUACGUAACCCAACCAACUCAAGAGAUAUGAUUUAUGUCGUGAAAAAGGAGUUAGACCUCUCAUGCAACUAUCAUUAUAGUCCCUUUCAAAAAAUAAAAAACUAUUCA